GACCUGUCCACUCUGCAGUGCGACGUGUGUAUCCUCGUCUUCUCCGUGACUGACAGGCGGAGUUUCCACCGCACCGCCCAGCUCCGCCUCCUCCUCAGGGAGGCCCAGCCGCAAACACCAAUCAUCCUGGUGGGCAACAAGAGCGACCUCGUCCGCUCGCGAGAAAUCAGCGCAGAGGAGGCCCAAUCCAGCGCCAACAUGUUCGACUGCGUCUACUUGGAGCUUUCCGCCUCCCUCGACCACGGCACCAACGAGCUGUUAGAGGCCGCUGUUCGGACGGCAAGAGGCGAGUGUGUGGGCCCCGGCUGGACGGAUGGCGACCCUGGCGCAGCGCGCAGGGAGAGCCUGACCAGCCGUGCGAAAAGGUUCCUGGCAGGGCUUGUACCUCGCUCCUAUGGUCGAGACCGGGACAGAGAUCGAGGCCGCUAUCGAGAAAUGAGCCGCCACCGGGGCAGCAAGAUCCUCCGCCAGAAGUCCCGCUCCUGCCACGACCUCAGUGCACUGUGACACACAUGAACACACACGGGCAGAGGGGGAAAACUCCCACACAUGUACACACACAUUGGGGUGAAGGAUGUUGGGGAGGGGGAGGUGUAAAAGGUAGAUGAGCAGGAGAAGGAAAAAUGGAAGCCAGCAAGGGGACAAGAGGAAGAUGAUGGAGAAAUUUAGCAAUGGCAGAUAAAGGUCAAGUCGGGCGAAAAAGGGAAAGAGAUUGGCAGAAAAAGCCAAAAUCCCCUUUGACCACAGCAGUGAGCCUUUAUCUUCCUCCUAACAGUGAAACCAAUUUGAGAGAGAUUAAGGCCAGGUUUGAGAGAAAACAGAGAAAUAGAUAAGGACGUGAGCCGCUUGGGUUAAGCCAUGAGGACUGAUUACUUGAUGAGUGCGGCAGAAAGAAAAUUAAUUAUUUUACACAGCAGCUUGUUUUCCUUUGACGACACACUCAAGUGGGAAGCUGCAAUACUGUUAUCAAAUGAAAAAUGUUGUAUCAGUAUUAUUCCAGUUUGCAAAUCUUAAAAACAUAAGGAAUCCGGCAUACCAUAGCAUUGUGCUGCUUCCAAAUUGAAAAACAACAGGCCAAUGAGUUGGGAGAAAUCCAGUGGAACCGCAUAUCAUCAUUUUAGAGAAAACCGCAAUAACCAAUUAGGUAUUGUUGACAACGGCUAAUGUUAGCAUUGAGCUAUUUUAGCAGUGUUCCAAUUGACAGAAUACCAAACAAAGCUUGAAAUUCCUAGUUUAACGGUAAUUUCAAUUUAAACAGUUCAGAAAGCAUAGCUGGUGUCUUUAGGUAAAUCCUACUCAAUGGAAUAAUAAUAGGUUUUAAAAUAUGUGCUCUUACCUUGAAAUUUGGGACAAUGCUCCUCUAGAUUUUCACUUUCCACCAUAUUUUUUAGUUGCUGAUAAACUGAAAAAGGGUGAAAUUAUACAAAUUUGUCAGAACUUAAGUUUGUACAACAUGCAGCUGUAAGAUCAUUUAAAAGCAUUUGAGCUGUCCUACCUGAGGGUUAACUUUUAACAAAAAUGGCUGCCUUGUGUGUAUGGUGACUUAGGCCGUGUUUACAUGAAAAAGAUCCUUUGGGAACUUGUUUUUUUUUUUUUUUAAUUCUACUUUCAGGCGACAAUACUCGAAAACAACCGCCUUGUGCAAAAGAACGCUGUAGUAUACAUGCUAGGCCAGUAGUUGGUGGUGUGACCUUGUAAUUCAACAACAUGCACUUGCAGACAAAUAUUUGUGUGGACAGACAAUGAGGAGGGGAUGUUACUACAAGUGGCCCUAAACAGCAAAGAGAGUCGAUUUCAAAUAAACUGGGAGUGAGCAGCACAAACAGAACUCAGGAGUCUGUCUUUUGUUGAAGCUGUCCAUCUACGCGUGUGGAACCGUAAUGUACAUGUGUGUAAGGCCACCGUUUUCAAGAAGGAACAGCGUCAGUCUGAAAUGGUGCCGUUUGUAAAACUUUGCACUCUUGGAUCUGUUUUCAAAACCUUCUGUUUUCUGGCACACAAAACUCCUUCCAACCCCCCUCCCACUGACAGGUAGACGAUCAGCCAAAACGCAACUAAAUUUGCUGUUUUUGGAUGAAAAAGUUGUUGUGUAAAUAGGGCCUAAGUGACAGAAAAAUCAGAUUCUGAUGCUAGGAGGGGGAAGGGGCUCACAGACAAAGACACAACCAAGUAGCACGCACUGAUUAUGUAGAGACUGAUAGCAAUCUAAUGUACACCUAUUGUAAACCCUGUUUUAUAGCAUGCAGAGUAGACAUGAUCCUGUAGGUUUUUACAGUAGGCUACGUGACACUGGACUGACUGUACCCCAGUGGCUAAUAGCUAAUGCACAAUCUAGCUAGUAUCUCUUGCAAUGCCAUCUCAAAGGCAAAACCCUUUAUUUAUAAAAAAAAAAACUCCUUCUCUUUGCCUUUUCUAAGACACAUUCUUUACACCUAAUACACCUUUUGUGUCAUGUACUGAUCUGAAGACGUGUUUGGUGACACCUAUCGGUAUACAUUCAUGUGUGAUUUUUAUACAAGAAUAAAAAAACAUCAGCGCCCAAGCCAUAUUUCCGCUGAAUGCACCCUGAGUGAACAGCACAAAGAACCCUUUACUGAGGAUGAGGAGCAUAAGGAAACAGGUCAAAACGGCUCCAAGGACGAAGACGUCAGCAUAGGAUGACUGAACUUUUGUUCCACAGAAGCUGAGUCACUGAACCUUGGAUGUUCUUGAAGCGCAGGCGGACAAACAAGAGAAAACCUAAUCUACCUGUGGCUGAUUGAUGUCUUCAUUCAUCUCCUUUUACCCACUGGUGUUAUUGCGUGUGCUGAGAUUUCAUUCUGUAGGGGCUGCCCACACAGGUGACCCAAAAGAGGACGUUCUGGAAACGCUGCUUGGAUUGCUUCGAGCAUGGCAGCGUCUCAGACACAUGCUCACUCGUUUGUCACCGUCUACUAAGCACUCUCUUCUUUCCACUGAGAAUAAAUUAAGUUUUGUUUUGACAUCCUGAA